CGCAUUACGUCAUUACAUCACGCCAUUGAAAAUUCCUCAUUCAUUCUCUAACACCACUUCCCUGCUCUUAUCUAAGCUUUAACAUGGCUCCCAAAAUGAGAAGCAGUAAUGUUCUGCGUUAUAUUGAGAGUGCGGGACUCUCUGAGGAUCUCAGCGAGUUUGAGAGUGAGAACGUAUCGGCAGGGUCUCGCUUGGCCACCAAGAAUGAGACUGCAGUUCAUGUAGAGAGCACAGCUCGUCUAUAUGAACUCCGUCUUAUUCAGAUGGAGAAAUUCGCCAUACGAGAGAAGGACACGGCUAUUCUUUUUGGUGAAAAUAGCCGUCCAUUUAGGGCGGCUACUAUCAAGACCUUUCUCGAUUCUGGAUGCCGAAGUUUGGGCAUGUUGGCCCAUACAGUGAGCAAGUAAAAAGGGAUCAUGAUGGGAAAAUUGUAGACAUCAUCCCAAAAGGGAACCCUAUGGAGGAUGCUGUCAACUCUGGCCAAAUUCCCUCCCGCAUUCAGAUAAAGCUGCCAUGGUCAAAGGCUGACAAGCAUGCCAAAGGAGUUAAUCUGUCGCUAUGGGCCAAUCCCCUAAACCCUAAGUUGUGCCCUGUUAUGGCACUCAUUUCGUGGCUGCUGUUUUCUGGAAUCACGAAGGGUUACAUCUUCCCUCGCAUUUCCAAGGACAACCGACGUGCCCUUCCAUCAAAGCGAAGUGUGGCCUCAUAUCGUACUAUUUUUUCCAAGAUGACCAAGGCCCUAUUUGAGAAGCCAUACACCACACAUAGCAUUAGAAGGUCAGCAGCACGCUGGGCAGGCAGAUGUGGUGCUGAUGAUAGCACAAUCAAAAGGGCUGGUCGCUGGAAGUCGAGCAGCUUUGAACUUUACACCCAAGACGCAAGAGCAGAAAUGAUUACUGAACUUCAUGACGACAAUCCAAGCCAGGACCAUCUGCUGUGGAUGUUCAAGCCCCUCAGAUGAAGCACCUCCCGCUACAUGCCAUCCAGACAAUUAUUUCUGCCCUUGCGCCUUGGCAGCCUACUGUCAAAUCAUAGCCAUCAUCAAAUGCUAUCCUACAUGGAAGGACAACCAUUCAAACCAUGGAAGGAAAACCAUACAAACCACCCUCUAUCAAAGUCAUGAUCAAUGGGACCAUGCAUGGAAGAAAAACCAUGUAAACCCCUGAGGGGCAGUGGCUACACAUCCAUGGGGUGUAGAAUGGAGAUGUCAGGCGUUUCCUCCCUCCACUACCCUAGGUGUUCACCUUGGGCAAGUGAUAUCCCACCUCUAGCCUCCCAUUGCCCUAGGUUACAAGAUAGCGUCAGAUAAAAACUUGGCGACAAUGAGCCCUUGGCAAGGGUGAUACCCCGAUCUAUUGAUCGUUAAUACCGCAUUGAAUUAUGCGGGGGGACCAAGAAGCCCUUAUCUAUACAAGAGCAAGUAAAAAAUAAAAGAACAAUACUUUCAUUUGAACAUAUCUAUAUUGAUUAGGUAUUCCAACCUCCAUCAUCUCACAUACCCUUAUCGACUUAACCUGCCUUUCACCACUUUACCUGCCUCCAACUGGCUAGCCUGUACUUCAGUGACUUACCCAUUCCUCGUUAAUUUACACUCAUCAGCUUCCAUUCUGUAACAGUCUUAACUUCCCUAACUGGCUACCUUCAAGAAUGGAAGGAAAACCUUACAAACCAUCCUUAAU